AUGGAUAACCAAAGCAAUGCUCUUCUUGGCUGGCCUUGCUACUCUCAUGGAAAGACAACAGAAGAAUUAAGACACUCUCUUUUGUACACAACACUAGAGCUCGAACAAACAAAGAUGUUUGCUCAUGAGGAAAUAAGGAAGAGAGAUGAACAACUGAUCCAUCUCAAAGAAAUCUUAACCAAAACCAUCAAAGAAAGAGACGAAGCUCUCGAGAAAUGUCAGCGUCUCAUGUUCGAUAACCUCUCGCAUCAGCAGCAGCAAAAGCUUAUGACCCCUCCUUUAUCCGGAGCUUCAAGCAUUGAAUAUGAAACAUUGCAGCAACUAGGAUCCAACAAGAGCUUCUCAUCCUCGGAUUGCGAAGAGAGCUUCAUGUCACCCACUGAUCAUGUCAUGAAUCAACCACCAUCUCAUCUUGAAGAAGUCUCAAGAACAGAGAUUAUGGAUCCAUUGUUUCCAGACAAGCCAUUGCCUGAAAAAGGUAAGCUCUUACAAGCUGUUAUAAAGGCAGGGCCUCUGCUUCAGACACUGCUCUUAGCUGGACAAUUACCUCAGUGGCGUUACCCUCCACCACCUCUGAAGACCUUUGAGAUCCCUCCAGUCACUAUUCAGUGCCCAAUUGUCAACAAUUCUGGGUGUGGGAAGUUCAACAGGAAGAGAGCAUUUUCAGAUGGGCAAUAUUCAGAGACUAAAUAUCAGAAAGUUCUUCUCCACUGA